AUGUCUUGGCGAGCUAAGAAACAAGCACUUGAAGAUUUGAGAGGGAAACCGUCGACAUCAUACGGAAAACUACCUGCAUACAUUCAUGUUUUGAACUCUACUUACCCAGGUUCACAUAUACGAAUGAAAAAGCAUGAAGAUAAUAAGUUUUUGUAUAUUUUUGUCGCACUAACUACAUUCAUACAAGGGUUCGAUCUCUGUAGACCUGUGAUAGUUGUUGAUGCAAGUUAUCUCAGAGGACUGUACAAUGACACAUUUAUAGCUGCAUGUACCAUGGAUGGAGCCGGCCAUAUAUUUUCAUUGGCAUAUGAAAUAGUAGAUUCUGAAAAUGAUGCAUCCUGGACAUGGUUCUUUCAGAAUCUAAAGGAAGCAUACGGUAAAAGAGAACAUAUGUGUGUAGUUUUCGAUCGUAAUCCAAGCAUUAUAAAAGCUGUUGCUAGUGUGUACAAUAAUUUCGAAUUUCAUAAUUUAAUGGAGAAAGUGAAGGUAGUUGAUGUUAGGAUGAAGAAUUGCUUGGAGUUGGCGGAAUACGAUAAGUGGGCUAGGCCAUAUGCAACAGUUCAUAGGGGAUGGACCUUAACAUCAAAUAUUGCAGAGUCAAUUAAUGUUGCACUGGUAUCAGCUAGAGAACUUCCAAUAUACGAUUUUUUAGAGGAAGUUAGAUUGAUAUUUGGUAGAUGGAACUGUGAAAACAGAUAG